GAUUGUUCAUGGGAGUCCUUGAACAGAAAUCAAUCAAGGGAUUGUGACGAACUGGGUGCCAAUCAUGGCAUCUCCGAGUCCAGAACCAACGCCUUGCUCGGAUGCAAGGAAGACCAUAACCGAGCACAUCUGCUAGGAAAGUGACUUCAUUAUCUUGAAAAAAAAACAGGGUUUGAACAUUGCUGUAACACUUGCUCCAGGUCCUGGAAAAUUGGUGGGAUAGGGUCCGAGUUCCAACUUGAACAUGCGCUUCACGGUAAGUAAAGAAUGGAAGCUUGGGUUAUGCGGCGCGGAUCUCCUCCAAUCUGUCCUAAUCCAGAGGUAUGUACCUUGCCUGAGUCUUUCGCCUUCUCCAACACUAGUGCGGGAGCCUCAAUCCUUACCGCAUCUAUAUAUAACGCUAGCGAGCGAGCAAUUCCCAGAUGCAGCAAACUCACUUUCGCAACAUCCCGGGAUGCGCUAAGAACUAUCGUAUUCAAUGCAUAUCGCUCUGAAUCACUCUUUGGAAUUGGCCUACGAACAACCUGUCUAAGUCAUUUCAAACCUGUGCACGCGCUUACUGGCUCAGCCCAAGCCAGGAGACAGCUAGGACUGGCGUUGUGUGAACUCGUGGUGUUUCCAUGGUGAACAUAUUCUCCUCUGACAGCCCUCGAUGACGAUCACCAGUCGGGUAAGGAACCAAAAUAUCCUCAG